AUGGCGGACCAGGCCUCGAACUCCUUGAGGAUUGACACGACGAAUGAGCCGCCGUUUCCGCCCAUCCUUGCCCUCUUCUUGGUCCACUUCGACCAUCGCAAAGGGUACACUCUAGGAUGGCAUAGAUCCCUGGACAAUGUCCCUGUCGAGGGCGUUGUCGAGUUUAAGUCCCUGCCGUCCGGAUUGCACAACGUCGAAGAGGAUUUGGUAUACUUCAUCCACGAGGAUUAUGCUGGACUCAGCGCUUUUGUCAACAAGGCCGACGAGCAGGCAGAGCGUGCUGCGCGAAUGGUGGCCAUUGGCAUCCUGGUUCCCUUGGAACACGGUCGUAUGGGUCGGAUCUGGCGCCAUGCAGAAUCUCUGAUGGAGUUCGCAAGGGCGCAUAUCGACAACCCGGGAGAUGUUACUGCCCUGGAAGAGUAUUGGGAGAAGUACAAGCUGCGGCCAGAGGAACCCUCGUCGCAGGCGCCCCUUGAUUCUACAGAAGAGGGCCCAGCCCCACGGUCCAAUGGUUAUCCCAAGUUCAGGACAAUGUCUACGGCGACAACCUUCAUCUCUCCGAAUCACGCCUUGACACCGCACCAUCCCGCAUUGACACUAAUAGAUUCGAUCAAGCUAUUCGGACCCCUGAUAUUUCCAUUGUAUCGAGCAGCCUUGCUCCGCAAACGGAUUUUGAUAGUCACAGAUGCCCCUGUGGAAUUCUGCUGCAAUCUUGUAUAUAACCUGUCCAUCCUCUCGUCUGUCUCAAAGGUUCUGUCGCCGCAGCCGCACGAGGCCGACGCUCCUGGUGUUCGAUUGCGUCCGCUGUUCACAGUUGGUGUUAUGGACAUCCCUCAGCUAGAGCAGGCUGGAGCUGCCGGAGCCAACCACGGUUUUAUUGCCUGCACUACGGAUGAUGUGCUCACCUCAAAACCCGAUCUCUAUGAUAUCCUUGUGCUCAUGCCUAAGCCGCGCUCACAGACUGCUUCCACGAAAGCGUUUCCUCGCAUUAUUGUUUCAAACCCAGAACUAACCAAGGCUUUCCCCAAAGUCGCCAUCAAAGCUACGCAACGAGACUUUCGACGGUUUGCGCACCUCAUGCGUGGUCUCCGGAGGCUAGAGCCCAGCGAAACGGCUGUUACUGACGAUGCAACCUCGUCUGUCUCUUCUCUUUCGUCCUCGAACUCGGCGAACAAGCUGGUAGUGGAGCCUCCAUCUUGGUCUCGAAUGGCAUACACUUCUUUCGUCUGGUGGGCUUCCGCUGGAGAUCGGCGCGAAGGUUUCGCCGAGGGAGAAGAAAACGAAAUAGAACGAGACUCAUUAUUGCUCUAUGGUGAAGACGAGGAGGAGCAGAGUCGUGAAGUGGCUGUGGUGGCAUACUUCCACCGCCUAACUGCGAGCAUUUUUCAGACUAUCACGGCCUCCAUCACAAGGACAGACAGCGACGACCAAGGCGAAGCGACUUAUCACGACGAUGAUGACGACGAAGAUGAUGCGGGUUCCGGUGAUCAAAUGGAUCAGGAGGACAGCCGACCUCUGUUGACGGAGCAGGCCGAGGAGACUGAGGUCGAGAUCAAUCAUGAGGAUAUGCUGGAGAUGGGACUGGACAGCUGGAGCUCGUCGGACAAAAGAUUUGUGGAAGAUCUAACAAAGCUCUGGUGGAAAAGGCAAGCAUCGGUGCGGCCAGUAUCAAUUGAUUGUUGUGGACUUCGCAUCCUCUGA